AUUGUGUAUUUACAUGUCAUGGUUAUCAGGCGUGUCGGAGUUUAAAACGGGUAUUUGGUUAUGAUACAGAGGAGGAGGUAUUUACAACAAACUGUUUUAGGAAUAGGGAAAGGAAUUACAUAGUACACAGUCAUGGCGGAUACCAAAAAGUACGAUUAUGUGUUUAAAGUAUUAAUCAUUGGUGAAGUAGCCUCAGGAAAGACAGCGUUGUUAGAUAGAUACGCAGAAAACUCCUUUACCGACGCAUACAUCCCCACAAUAGGGGUUGAUUUUGUGGUUAAGAAAAAAAAGUACAACGGAAAGAUUAUAAAAGCACAGGUAUGGGAUACGGCCGGUCAAGAAAGGUCCAGAGCUUUAACAGCCAGCUUUUAUCGAGGUUGCCAUGGUGUAAUAAUAGUGUUUGAUGUCACAAACCGGUCAACAUUUGAGCGAGUGGAAAACCGGAUCACUGAAUUUGAGGUAGUUGAAAAAUCAACCUUUACCCUACUAAAUUGCUAUUAUAAUAAUGGGCAGGCCCAUCCUUCAAUUUGGACAGUACCAUUCAUUAUUUGUAGCAGUGUUAACUAAACCUUUCUAACUAAAUAGCGAACAGUGCAGACGAUGAUCUUGGCCUGCAUUUCUCGCAAAGGCAGAAUCACUUACCGACAGAAGGCUAAAGGUUAGAUAAGUUGAUAUUUCCAAAUGCGUGAGUUUUAAUGAUAUAAUUCAAACAUUGCAAGGUAUUAUCCGUUGGAUUUCAAAAUGUCAAAUAAAAAGUCUGAUGGUAGUAGUUACAGAUUGCUUCAAAAGAAACUAAGGCUAUCAAGGACACAUGUAUCUUUAGGUCUGUUUACGAUAUUCAUUUCUUGGUACUUUUUUUGCAAAGAAUAUAAUUAAGAAUUGUAAUGUUUGCAAUAAAUUUACGCUCGUUACAUUAUUGCAACUAUAAAACAUAUCUUAUGCAAUAAUUUGAUACAUGUGUUAAAGCUAAUGUAUACAAAAUUAUGAAAAUGAUAUUGAUGCGACGUAAUUAAUAUGUGUUAUGCAGACCUACCGCCUCAGUCACAAUGAAAUGCAUUUUUUUGUUUCACUUGGGGCAAAAAUAAAAGUUUGUAAAACUCUUUAUUUUGAAAUGUUAAUUUACCAUAUACGGUUACCUUGGUUCUACAAAAACAAUGGUAGUUGUCGCUGUCUGAUAGUUCGACAAUAUUUUUUUUCGAUAUAAAGAUGAAUCUUCAGGGAAAAAAUAAAACAGACAUGACCAUUUUUAAAGGACUGUUUUAUUCAAAUAACUCUUUAAGACCCAACAAAAUUGUUACCACAUGAUAUGGUACAAAAAAGUAAUGUAGAAAACCCCGAAAACUAAUAAAUUACACAAAGAUUUGUAGUUACUAUCUUCUUUUGAAGUUCAAAAUUCUAGAAAUUUUUGUUUACUACUUGCUUUCAGUUUUUGCAUACCUUUUGAAAUGUAUUUAUUCAACUCAAAUAUGUUAUUUUCUAAAAAUUCAGUCAUUUCUCUUUAAAUAAUGGUCUCAUUUUUGUGAUUACGACUAUGUUUGGCAGAGAUAUCGCAAUUUUAAAAUGAAAGCCGAUAUUUACCCAAAAAGUCUACGGACAAGACAUCAUCGCCAAGUGCUUUCUACAUAGGUUUUAGAAGACAGUCUUUUAGUUCUGUUGAACUUUUUAUGUUUAAAAUGAUCAAGAACAAGUAAAUAACAAACAAAUUUAUGAAAAGAAGUAUAAUUGACGGUCUUCGGAAUGUGUCUUCGAAUAAUUGAAGGAUUUGAACAACUGUGACUGAAUCAAAAUGUCAUUAUGUGACAAGUUCUGUGCUAUUGCUUACAUAAAUUAGGACUAAUUGUUUUCAUAUUUCACUAUAUACUAAAAAUAAUGAUACUUGGAAGGAUCCUCACUGAAAUAGGCUGUUAAAAUUCUCCUUCAGCUUGGUGUCUACGGACAAGACAUUUGACCAUAAUUUCUGUUUAAAAGACAGAUAGAUUAAUAAUGUUUCUGAUCAAUGCUCAUGCAUUUAAUGGGCUUAAGAACUGACCUUGCAGCCUGUUAUGUACACCAUUUAGACUAUGUUUAUUUAUCUGUAAUAACUUUUAACCUCAACUAAACAAAAUAAACCACAAUCUUCCUG